UUCUGAGGGGAAAGAUGGCGAUAUUCAGUGUGUAUGUUGUAAACAAGGCUGGUGGUUUAAUUUAUCAGUAUGAUAAUUAUGUACCUAGAACAGAGGUUGAGAAAACGUUCAGUUUUCCACUAGAUAUAGUGCUGAAGAUUCAUGAUGAGAAAGUGGUGGUUUCGUUUGGUCAGAGAGACGGAAUACGGGUUGGUCAUGCUGUGCUUUCUAUAAAUGGAGUGGAUGUCAAUGGAAAAUACACAGCAGAAGGAAAGGAAAUACUGGAAUAUCUGAAAGACUCAGCAAACUAUCCAGUGUCCAUACGUUUUGGCAGAGCACGUCUGACUUCCAAUGAGAAACUUAUGUUGGCUUCGAUGUUUCACUCGCUCUUUGCCAUUGGUUCACAACUGUCACCUGAGGUUGGCAGUUCAGGUAUUGAAAUGCUGGAGACAGACGUGUUUAAAUUGCAUUGCUUUCAGACACUUACAGGGAUAAAGUUCAUUGUACUGGCAGAUCCUCGGCAGUCUGGCAUCGAUGCACUCCUCAGGAAGAUCUAUGAGAUAUAUUCAGACUUUGCACUGAAGAAUCCUUUCUACUCUUUGGAGAUGCCCAUCAGAUGUGAACUGUUUGACCAAAAUCUGAAGAGCGCACUGGAAAUAGCAGAAAAGGCUGGAACAUUUGGGCCCAGUUCCUGAGCUGGAAUGUAUAGAUGCAAUGGCAUGCCACAUGUUUGAUAAAUGCUCAUGCAAAAAAGAAACACUGUACAUAAUACGGAAAUUAUAUUUCCAUGUAUUGAAUUCUUCUGAGCAACCUGACAAAAUAUGGAUCAUCAUAGAACCAACAUAUGGAUUCUGGAUGGAUAAACCAAUACUGCAUUUUAUUUUGUUAAGAGUUAAAAGAGCAGUAAGAACUGUUGUUUUUUUACUUUUUGGUGCUCAUUAAUAAAUAAUCCUUAUUUAUUGUUAA